UUCAAUUUUAAAGUUAUGUUUAAUAUUUAUUUAUUACUAUUUAAAGUUACAUCUUUGAGAGGCUAAACAUGCAAAGAUUGAUCAUAUGCGGCUAUGUCUUAAAUAGGAACCGCAAAGUGGCUAUCUUUGCAAUUCCCUCCGCGUGGAGCCCCCAAACAAAGAACAUUCGUCAUCCAAGACAACAAAGAGGCAUCUUCAUCCUUCCUUUAUACUUUUUGUUAUUGGUACUCGUUUUGCGAAUCGCGAUCAUCGUCUUCUCUUUUCUCCGGCGUAGCAAGCUCUCGGGGUUUCUAUUGGACAAUUGUUGAAGAGGAGCUAGAAUUUGGUGAAAAUGUGGGCAGCUUCUUGCCUUGCCUCAUGCUGUGCGGCGUGUGCUUGUGAUGCUUGCCGUACGGUAGUGUCGGGGAUCAGCCGACGUUCUGCUAGGAUUGCUUAUUGUGGUCUUUUUGCUUUGUCGCUCAUUGUGUCGUGGAUUCUUAGGGAGGUUGCUGCUCCUCUAAUGGAGAAAAUACCAUGGAUUAAUAGCUUUCACUCAACACCAAAUAGAGAGUGGUUUGAAACAGAUGCUGUGCUUCGGGUUAGCUUGGGGAACUUCCUAUUUUUCACUAUCUUAGCAAUCUUAAUGAUUGGUGUAAAGAACCAGAAAGACCCACGUGACAGUAUGCACCAUGGUGGUUGGAUGAUGAAAAUCAUUUGCUGGUGCCUCAUGGUAAUAUUUAUGUUUUUCCUGCCAAAUGGAAUCAUCAGCUUCUAUGAGACAAUUUCCAAGUUUGGUUCUGGACUAUUUCUCCUUGUGCAAGUUGUGCUCUUGUUGGAUUUUGUGCAUAGUUGGAAUGACAAAUGGGUGGGAUAUGAUGAGCAGUUCUGGUAUGUGGCAUUGCUGCUUGUUUCCCUUGGAUGUUAUGUGAUUAGCUUUGCCUUCAACGGACUGCUCUUCCACUUUUUCACUCCAUCUGGACAGGACUGUGGGCUUAACACUUUCUUUAUAGUGAUGACCCUUAUAUUGAUCUUCGUCUUUGCCGUUGUUACGCUGCAUCCAGCGGUGGGUGGAAGUAUUUUACCUGCAUCAGUUUUAUCUCUGUACUGUACAUACCUUUGCUACAGCGCACUUGCAAGUGAACCCAGGGAUUAUGAGUGCAAUGGUCUGCAUAAGCACUCGAAGGCUGUUUCCAGUGGUACACUUGCAUUGGGGUUGCUAACGACAGUUCUAUCUGUUGUCUACUCUGCUGUUCGUGCUGGCUCAUCUACAACUCUCCUUUCUCCUCCAAGCUCACCACGUGCAGGUUCAGGGAAGCCUUUGCUACCAUUGGACAAGGUCGAUGAGGAGGAGGAAAAAGAGAGAUCUAAACCAGUCUCUUACUCCUAUUCUUUCUUCCACCUUAUCUUUUCUCUUGCUAGUAUGUACUCGGCAAUGCUUCUAACAGGUUGGUCAACGUCUGUGGGGGAGAGUGGAAAAUUAGUCGACGUUGGGUGGCCAUCUGUCUGGGUCAGGAUCGUCACUGGGUGGGCAACUGCAGCUUUGUUUAUCUGGUCUCAGGUUGCUCCUAUUCUGUUUCCGGACAGGGUUUUCUGAGCAAUCUAAGGAAUGAACAUUACUAGUACUAAUAUGAUAAGUAUGUUUGAACUAUGUUUUGAUGAAUCCUAAGCACUUUUUCAUUUAUGAACAUCACUACUUGGUGCAAUUGACAGAAGUUGGCUGAUUUUAUUUAAUUGAAUAUUUCAGAUGCAAAAUGUGUGGAUAAUAAAAGUGUGCUUGCUUAUA